AUGUAUUUCAUGAAGGGUGUUAGAACACUGGUGGCGACUGUGUUCGCUUCGAUUCUCCUUCAAGGGAUCGUGUCUGGGUCAAGAUACUUUCCCCGGACGUGGAUCAAUAUCUGUGAUAAAAGCAUGAGCUUGGCACCGUCUUUGGGCGCUGGUCGUCCUGCAGUUCUUGUGCAGCUCAAGUGCAAUAUCCAAAAAUCCGACAAGGUUCGCUGGAGGCUAAACGAUCUUCGGCGUUGGACAAUCGACAAAAGCAUCAACCAACAGACGACCCCGGCCAACAGAACUGUUCUUUACAACAUCACAGUGACAUGUCAGGUGGGUGCCAACAUAUCCCUUCCCUGGCCCAUGAAAGUGGCCGGGUUGAUAGAGUUACACGUGACUUACUGUCUUCUGGUGGACAGAUACGGCAACUUCAUGGACAGCGUUAAUUCUAAGAUCGAAAAUGAUAUGAAGGUUUUGGAUAUUCGCCAUUCGACCUGGCUACUUAACAAAACCAAUAGGAUUCUGGAGAGUUCUGGAGAUUCCUUAAACUUGACCAGUGACUUUGACUGCGGCCAAAGUUCGUCUUUAGAGACAAUAAUCACCAGCAAUGUGUCUGACACAAUAGUAGACAACCUUGAAGAGAUGCUGGAUAGUACGCCAGACUCGGCUAAGCCUAAGGAAAGAAAGCCCAAACUGCCUGAAGUAACUGGAGAUAUCACCGACGGGCCGGUCCGGCCGGAAGACAGGCUCAUCAAUGACACAACCAAGGUGGUAUCUGACGACUCGCACCUCACAAAGGAUAAGAAGAACAAUGAAACCACAACGAUGACCCCACCAGCAGAAGAUGUCCAAGUUACACCAAAGCAAUCUCGACAGGCUGAGUUAGAUUACAUCAAUUUAAUCAAACAAAUACUCAAAACUGGGUCCAAAUGCACUUUCCAAAAGUUGAAACAUUUCGAUGAAAGCAUAGCUCAAGUGACCCCGCUACACCAUUUUGAAUUUCUCGUUUAUGGGUCAGAGUACCCGGUACUUGAGUUCAUGAAUUAUUCCCGAAUUGGCCUGAAAGAAUUUCCAAAAGAGUUUUCUGAAUGGCGGAUUUACUUCCCCAGACUCAAACUUCUGGAUCUCACCUACAACUACUUAUCAGAGUUGAAACUAGCUAACAUUUCGGCCACGCCAGGCACCGGCGACGUCGUCUUCAACUUAAGGCACAAUAAUUUUACCAGUAUUAGCAUAGAACUUCUACAAUCGUGGGCGGCCGUUGACCAGCUCGUUGUCGACAUCAGAGAUAAUCCCAUCCACUGUGGAUGUGAGUUGGUCUCCCUGCUGCCUUCCUUAGAGGAUGAAUCAACCUUUGCUGGUAAACUGGCUCCCUACAGGUAUGUAAGAAACUUGCGAUGUUACACUCCAGAGUCCCUCAAGGGGCGGCAACUCUAUGAACUAACCACUGACUCUUUACAGUGUAGUGUCCAGAAACAGGACAGCACUGUAGUUAUCGUCCUUGGCGUGCUACUUGGUAUUCUGAUCGUCACUAUCCUCAUGAUCCUCAAGUUUAAAAUAGAAAUUCGCAUUCUGCUCUACACCCGUCUCCACGUCCGGCUUCCUUGUGACUCGGACAUACACAGAAACAACAAAACUUUCGAUGCUUUCGUCUCCUAUAGCAACGAGGACGCCGCCUGGGUUUUCGAAAACCUGUUAAAGGUUUUGGAAAAUCCACAAAAUCAGGAAGCCGGACAUAUCGCUAACGGAACAAAAAAUAAUAAAGAGGGAGCGAGCAGUGGUGCGAGAAGUUUCCGGCUGUGUUUACACCAAAGAGAUUUCAUUGCUGGAAAAACCAUCUUGGACAAUAUCGUAGACUGUAUUGAGUCUAGCAGGCACACCAUCAUUGUGCUGUCACCCCGGUUCCUUAAGAGCCAGUGGUCCAUGGAAGAACUGAGGCAGGCCUACAGGCAAAGUCUGGUGGAGAAAUCCAGGCACCUCAUCAUCAUUUUACUUGACAAGGUGUCCAAAGAAGAAAUGGAUCCACUGGUGCGCCGCUGCUGUAAAACCUUCACCUACCUGGAGGCCGCAGACAGUCUCUUCAAGGACCGGCUGGUGUUUUCGCUGACCACCAAGACUAAAAGACAAACAGAAAACACCAGGUACGGUCAGAGUCAUCAAAAUGUCUACGAUACACUGGAAAUUCCCUCUAGCCCAUAUACAUAUGAUAAUAAGGCAUACUUCAGCAGCGGCAGUCCCAAGAAGAAAGACAUCAGUAGCAGCAACUACAACAACAACAACAACACCUACAACAACAGCAACAACUACAGCAGCUUUCCUACAAAUCGUCUUUCGAGUCCACUCAGAGAACUAUCCAAUUUGUCAACGUCGUCGACAUCAGUUUUGACAAAACAUUGA